CUGAACCACACCGAAACACAAACCGUUAUUCUUUUCGACUCCUCGCAACCUCCUCCAAUCAUCGAAAAUGGCAGACAAUGUUUCACUAGAUCAGUUCUUGGCUGCCGCCAUUAAUGCAGCUCAGAAAGCGGGAGAAGUCUUUAUCUUUCUCUCUCCCUUGAGUUCGAUCGAUCUCGUGGCUGAUCAUAUAUUAAAGCUGGAUCCUUUUGGUUUACAAUUUUACAUUGUGCAGGUUAUUCGUAAAGUCUUUUACGAGACCAAACAUGUUGAACACGAAGGCCAGUUCAUAGGAGAAGCAACAACAGCUGGAAAUGGUGUGACAGAAUUAGCAGAUGAACCAACUUGGAUUGUUGAUCCUGUUGAUGGAACUACAAACUUCGUUCACGGAUUCCCUUUUGUGUGUGUUUCCACUUUCCAUUGGCCUGACCAUUGGGAUGGUCCCUGUAGUUGGCGUUGUCUUCAGUCCUAUUAGCUAUUCACCGGUGUCCAAGGGAAAGGGAGCCUUCUUGAAUGGAAAACCAAUGAAAGGUUUGAAUUUUAUAUACAUACUUCUUUCACACGUUACAGAAAAGGAAAGGGAAACGAGCCUUCUUAGUCUGUACGUGUCUAUGGAAUACAUAUUUAUGUGCAAGAUGGUAAGAAAAGAAAGAAAGGAAAUAAUAAUAUUUACACAAUCACAUAAUAUUAGUCUCCAAAUCUUUAUUCCUUUUCCAACAGUAAGGAAGAUAUAUAUAAAGAUUCUUCGUAGAGAGAGAGAGAGAGCCAAAACAAAAAAUCUGCAGCUGCAAGAAACCACAAAACAUGUUUAGAUUCUUGCAAGUAGGGUUGGCUAAACCAGUUCGUGGUCUGAGUUCGAACUCGAUGCAAACUGUGGUUCGCAGUUUAUCCUCCUUGGAGGGUGUGACGUCAUCACCACCGUACCUAUUGCUUCCUAUGGAGGUUGUGGGAGAUGAUGGUGUCGACGGCAAAGUGGUAAACUUAAACUACUUCGACCCAAUGAAAAAGGAGACGGUGAAGGUUCGUAAUCAGAUAAUUCCUGAGAAGAUGUGUAGAAAGUCUAGCAAUUACAUCGGUUCGUCACGAGGCUGGGUAGCUAGUAUGAACACAGAAGAUAUGACCGUACAUGUUACAAAUAUGUUCAAUCCAACGGUGCCAAAGUCAUCGCAAAGAGUUAUCUCGCUUCCUCCCUUUGACCCUAUUCCCUCUGACUCUCAUCGUCCUUUUAACCCUUGUUGUCCCCCGAGCGGUUACGGCGCAUCUCUCUCCUCUUGUCCUGACGGAUCACAAGACUCAGACUCCUCCGUCACGUUUGCCCUCAAGUGGGACGACUCCAUCUCUUUCUGCAAUCUUGGCAAUGGAUCGAAAUGGACUCACUUGCAGCAUUCUCUCCCUCUCGAAUUCCAAAAGUCCCGUGUCUUUUUCUCCGACAAAGAUUCAACCUUUUAUCUCACUCACAACAUGCCUAUAGUCCAUGUCCGCCACCCAUCUCCCCAGUUCCAUCAACUGACUUAUUACCCACCACUAGCUUCUUCUUUUUGUCUCCCUGACAUCUCAAACACCGAGUACGAGCUUUUCAGAUGGUGUGUGCCCUACAACCAAAUGGUUCAGACUCCCUCUGGCGACUUGCUAGUCGUUAUUUGGUUUAUCCAGGUAAAGCAUGAUGGGAACCCCAUACCGUACUGGGAACAGUACGAGAAGGAGGAGGACCAUGUCGUGAAUAGUACCAAGCGGUUCAUGGUACUCAAGGUAGAUUCCGACAAUGGUUGCCAGUCGUACACGGAAGACAUAGGAGAUCUCUGCAUUUUCUACGGUCAGAACGAACUCUUUUGCGUCAAUGCCACCAAUUACCCUGGACUCAAACCGAACUCCAUAUACUUCGUCGAAUUCGGCGACACUGGUCGCAUUUACAUCUUCGAUCUCGCUACUCAGACUUUCACCGAGCUCGCCAAACUCGACAAUCUCACUGGCCCUCCUUAUUGGCUUGAUCCGACCCUUGUAUGAUUUUUUUAAUAAUCACCAAAUCUAUUUUUUUUUUAAAUCUGGUUAUCAUUUCCAAUGCUCUUUUGGUGACUUAUUGCUCA